AUGUCCCUCCUCCGCACCCUCGAUCGGACCUCCGCAGUCUCGAAUGCCACCCAUGCCACUCAUGCCCCUCAAUCCGCCCAUAUCCGUCCAUUCCUCACCUUCCUCUACCCUACUCUCGAAAAGCAGACGCAUUCGAAGCGCAGUUUCACCCGGAGCGCAAUAACCCGUACCCCGCGCCGAAACUCCAACCCCGAGCAUCUGGACAACUUCUUCAUACAGGCACUGGUCCGCGCAGGAGCAUGCUCGUUACACGCAAAACCAGGCCACGCGCUGCCAAAGUCAUCUCCACAGGCUAUGCUGUCUUUGGAUUUGCGGCAAAAGAGCACAUGGCAUCAGGGUGAGAAGAGUGGGGGCACGCUCACGUCAGGCUUCAAGAAGCCCUUCAAGAGGGCCAGGACGUUUGCAGAGAAAGAGCUCAAGGCGCUGGUGGACUAUUAUGGUAUCGAGCUCGACACCCGUCCUGAUCCGGAUCUCGAAGACGGAGGCAAUCUGAUUUGGAAUGUGGGCGACGACCACGAGCCAUGGCCGUUACGCGAUGCUGCGGAUGCCAAACACAUCAAGCACCUUGAGAAACUACUGAUGGAUGACGAAUCACCUCAUGACGAGAUUUACGACACCUAUAAGAAGCUACAGUCACCGGGUGUGGUCUAUCUUCACGUCAACAUUAUACGCGCUCUGCUACACCAUCUGGCCAUUGUGGAACGCCCCACACCCAUAGCUAUGCAGCGUUUCCUUUCCAUACUCGACGAUAUGAAGACUGCGCAUAUCCACAUUCUGACGUCGGAAUGGACUUCAGCCAUGCAUCUGACAGGCCUCGCCAUGGGAAAAGUCACGGCAGACGACCUCCAAUCUUCCAUAUACAUCUGGCGAGACAUGGAGACGCGCGCCGGUCUACGAAGCAGCUACGUUACCCUCAACGUCCUCUUCAAUAUCGCUGUCAAAGCCGGAGAGUUCGCCAUGGCCGAAACCUUCCUCAAGCAAAUGCAGGUUCGCAAAUUGAAAAUGCACCGCCACCACCGCGUCUCCCUCAUCUACUACCACGGCGUCCAGCAAGACGGCAACGCAGUCCGCAGAACCUACCAAGAAAUGAUUACCAAGGGUGACAUUGUCGACACGGUUGUCAUGAACGCCGUCAUCGCCGCCUUGAUCCGCGCCGGCGAACCCUCAGCCGCAGAACACGUCUUUGAACGCAUGAAGCGCUUGCACGCAACCCGCAUGAUCCCGGCCCCAGGCCACCGCUUCUUCCGACGCACAUGGCGCGACCGCCGACUUCUAGGCCUCCACCUCACCUACGAAGCGCGAGCCCUCAAGGACAUGGGUGAAGAGGAGCGCCUCAAACAACUCCAAGACUACGCGCCCAUUGCGCCCGACACCCACACCUAUGCCGUCCUCAUCCGCCACCACUCCAGCACUGCCGGCAAUAUCGACCGCGUCAACCAACUCCUCGCUGAAAUGCGAUACAACUCCGUCCCCCUCAACGGCACCAUCUUCAUCGUCAUCUUCCACGGCUUCCACUCCUUUGGCGGCGUCCGCUACUCCUCCUGGACACGCGACCAGCUCGAGAAGAUUUUCAAACAGUACGUCAAAGCGCUCGAGAGCCGUCUGGAGGGCACGUGGCUGUCCUCCAUGGCCGUGGUGGCGGCGCUCAGGGCCUUUAGUCAGGUGACAGAUCGCGAGCGCACAAUGGUGGUUUGGGAGCAGUUGAGGACGCUGUGGAAGCCGAAUGAGGAGGAGUUGGAGAAUGUGAUGAGGGUGUUGAGGGCGCUUGUGCCGCAGGAGGGGGAGGGCGGGGCCGCCAAGGGGACUGGGUUCGAUGGGCGCGAGAAGGAGAAGGGUGGAUUUUUCGAUGGGUGGCCGCUUCGUAGGUAG